GGGGACCAACGUCACGUGCCCCCCCGCGGCUCGGGCCGAGAGAGGCCGCAGUCUCUGCAGCUCGGCAGCCGCCACCUUGUCCCCGCUGUCCUUGGCCGGCCCUUCCGGGGGCACCGUGCCCUCCGGUCCCGGCGGGGAGCCCAGGUGCGCCUCCCUCCCCGCUCCUCUCCAUCCCGACUCCAGCAUCUACGUCCUCCCCCUGACCUGGCGCGUCGUAUCCGAAUCCCACCAUGGCCCGAGGAGACGCCCCAGAGGAUGACUACCACCUAGUCGGGACCAGCUUCUUUAUCCUGGGCUUGGGGACCCUGCUGCCCUGGAACUUCUUUAUCACGGCCAUUCCGUACUUCCAGGCUCGGCUGGCCAUUGUCAAUGUCACGGGGGAGCCUCCCGGAGCCAACCUCACAAGCCCCGGGGAUGCCUUCAACUUCAACAACUGGAUGACCCUCCUGUCCCAGCUGCCCCUGCUGCUCUUCACCCUCCUCAACUCCUUCCUUUACCAGUGCAUCCCGGAGAGGGUCCGCAUCCUGGGCAGCCUCCUGGGCAUCCUGAUGCUCUUCAUCCUCACGGCCGCGCUCGUCAAAGUGGACAUGAGCCCCGGGCUCUUCUUCUCUAUCACCAUGGCCUCCAUCUGGUUCAUCAACUCCUUCUGCGCCGUCCUCCAGGGCAGUCUCUUUGGGCAGCUGGGGGCCAUGCCCCCCAUGUACAGCACCCUCUUCCUCAGCGGCCAGGGCUUGGCCGGGACCUUUGCCGCUCUCGCCAUGCUGAUGUCCAUGGCCAGCGGAGUGGACGCCCAGACCUCGGCCCUCGGCUACUUCAUCACCCCGUGCGUGGGAAUCCUCGUCUCCACCGUCUGCUACCUGUCCCUGUCCCACUUGGAGUUCGCCCGCUAUUACCUGGACAAGAAGGCGCCCCUCCCGCAGGCCUAUGAGCUGGAGACCAGGGCCGAGCUGCUCCAGGCUGAUGAGAAGAACGGCUUUUCUGGGAGUCCCCAGAAGGCAAUGCUGGCCCCGGAGCUGGAGCCGGAGAAGGAGCCCAAGUCCGGCAAAGCCUCGGUCCCGGCCGUGCUCAGAAAGAUCUGGAUGAUGGCUCUGUGCAUCGUGCUGGUGUUCACAGUGACCCUGUCCGUGUUCCCGGCCAUCACGGCCAUGGUGACCAGCUCCAGGGGCCCCGGGAAGUGGAGCCAGUUCUUUAACCCCAUCUGCUGCUUUCUCCUUUUCAACACCAUGGACUGGCUGGGGAGAAGUCUGACUUCCUACUUCCUGUGGCCCGACCGGGACGGCCGCCUGCUGCCGCUGCUGGCCUGCCUGCGCUUCCUGUUCGUGCCCCUCUUCAUGCUGUGCCACGUGCCCGAGCGCUCCCACCUGCCCAUCCUCUUCCCGCAGGACGCCUGUUUCAUCACCUUCAUGCUGCUGUUCGCGCUCUCCAACGGCUACCUGGUGUCUCUGACCAUGUGCCUGGCGCCCAGGCAGGUCCUGCCCCACGAGAGCGAGGUGGCCGGAGCCCUCAUGACCUUCUUCCUGGCCCUCGGGCUCUCCUGUGGGGCGUCCCUGUCCUUCCUCUUCAAGUCCCUGUUGUGAGGCAGCCUGCUUCCCUCCUUGCCAGCGGCCUCGGGGGGCUGCGAAGGCCGGGGCAGGCAUGUCCCGGGCGGGAGCCUGAGGCACAGGAAGGCAAACCCUGUGGCUCUCAGGCCUGAAGGCUCCCGGGAGCUGCCCUGUCCCUCCUGCCAGGAAAGGGCUGUGACUUAGCAGCCGGUGAUAGGCUGAUAAGGGGGAUGGAAGCCCCCCACAUUUCCUGGUACUGAGUGAUCCCCCAGCAGCUCUCAAAAGGAGCUGAUGGUCGGGUGCUGACCUGCCCUGGAGGCAGGGGGAUGAACCGGAUGACCUCUGGAGGCCCUGUGUUUCCGUCGGAAAACCCUUACCUUGGACGUUGUUAAACUUCCCAUUCUCGGGAGCUCCUGGGCUUAAGUCCUGGAGGAGUCUGGGAAUUCCUUUGGAUCUUUCCUUUGGGAUGAGGCUUUACAGGGAGCCACGGAGGGGGUAAUGGCAGGCGCUGCCCCGAGCCCCCUCCUUUCCCCAGAAGUAUUCCUAGUGAGGUCUGUGCCAACGGUGAGCUCAGCCCCCGGGGUCUGACAAAGAAGGUCUGAGAUGGGAUCAAUCAGCAAGAUUAAGGGCCUCCUGUGUGCCAGGCCCUGCGCCGGGCCCCGGAUCUGUCCUCAAGGAGCUCCCGUUCUGCAGGAAAAGCAAGCUCAGCUCGGGGACAGGGGCCAGAGACUGGGAGGGAGGGCGCUUUGCCGGAGACUCAGGGAAGGGGCGGUUCCCCCGGAGCCCCGUGGCCCGCCUGCCGUGGGCGCUCCGGUCCGCUUGCCCCUGCUGCUGCCCAGCGCACGAGGCCGCCUGGCUGACCCAGACCGGGAAGCUCCUGGAAGCGGAGCCCGGUGUGGCCCCCCCUGCCUCCCUGUUGGUGCUGUUACGCCCCAGGAGCUGCCCCUUUGUCUGCGGGAGGUUCCUUCCCGGGCUGGAGCUCCAGGGCUGAGCAGGGACUGGCACAUGCUCUCUUACACUUACACAGAGAGUUGGAACCCUCUAUCCUCAAGCCCUUCUGCUAGCCCGACAUCAGAGGCUUCCCGGCCAGGCCGGCCUUGGCCCCAUUAUACAGAGGAGGAAAUUGUGGUUCAGGGAGGGCGUCUGAGAAUGGCAGCUCUGCUCCUUAGAGAGCAGCUUUACUCAGUUAGCAUUUAUUGAGCACCUAGUAUAUGCAUGAAAGAGAUACGGAAAAUCCGGGCCCUGCGGGGCUUUAUAGUCUGGUUGGGGGAAUUAAGACAUAAGCACCAAUAUGCAUUUAUUAAGUGCCUACUAUGUACCUGGGCACUGUGCUAGGGACUGAGAAUACAAGAGACAGCAUGUUUUUUUGGGAAUAUGGGACUUAAAUGUGCGCCCAUCAGGGAGGGCCGAGGGGCUGGCGGGCUGGGCAGCUGGGGGGCACGAAGGCGCGCUGGACGGAGGCACCGGCAUAUCAUGGGAGCCACAGGAGGAUUGCAAGCUAGGAGGGACGACCAGGUCCGGUCCCGGGAAGAUCGGCUGAGGAGGCCGGUCACACAGUAGGAGCGCGCUCCCCAGUGGGAGGGGCCGGGACCCCUAGCGAAUCUCUCCAACGUGGGGGAGUCAGGAAGCCUCCUGUACCCCGAGCUCCAUGACUGCCCUCCAGGUGGAAGGAGAGGGGGAGGGCCCUGCCUCCAUCUGAAAAGUCUUCGUAACAGCGGGAGUGCAAGGGCUCGGGGAACGGCAGGUCUGGUCACCUGGAAGGGGGUGGAAACUGAGGCAGGUUUGUGGAAGGGCAGGGGAAUGGAAUACGUUUUUUUUCAGCUUUUAUUCUCCAAAAAGCCAUUCCCCUCUGUGGUCCUCAGUUUACCCACAAGUUAAAAAAACCCUCUUGGACCAAUUUUCGUGUUCUGGUGGCUAGGCUCCCCUUUUCUCCCAGGGAGCCCGACGUCCACUACCCGGGCCCUUCUGGGGAGAACUGCUGUUUGGUGUGUGAAAUAAAUGGCUGGCUUUUUA